GCCUGUUGCACAAAAGUAGAAUUAAGACAUCCGGGAUAAAUGACUCAGCUGAGCUCAAUGAAGCCAAAACAUGUGCGUCCAGGCUUAAUUGGUUGCACAAAGACCAAGCCAGGAUGAGCAGACACGGAUUCAUUAAGCCAGGUGAAACCAAUCCUGGAUAGGUGCGCGCUCACGGCUCACUCAAAUAGACCCCGCCACAGAUCACAGAUUAACUGAUUUACCAUGGCAACUAGAGCCGCGUACUUUUCCCCGUCGGAAGCACAAAUCCUCAUGGAGGCAUACGAGGAGGUAAAAUAUAUAAUUAAGAAGAAAGGCAACACCGCCACAGUGAUAAAGCAAAGAGAAAAAGCGUGGCAAAGUAUUGCAGACCGCCUGAAUGCAUUAAACAUGAACGGGCCAAAACGGACAUGGCAGCAGGUCAAAAUCAAAUACAAGAACAUUCUGCAGAAUGCAGUGAAAAAGAAUACCCACAGACAAGGCACGGGUGGUGGGUCACCAAAGGCUGACCUUACCCCAGCAGAGGACAUGGCCUUGGAGCUAAAUAAAGGCAGGCCCGUCUUAGAGGGGAUCCCUGGGGGAAAGAGACGAGCAUAGGUUCCUCCCAAGAUGCCACCCGCUUCAUUCAAGUGCCUGGCAGCACUGUGUUCCUGUUAGAGCCACCAGCACAAGCACCAGACGAUGCUGAUCCAGUGAGUACUCCAUCAAAGGCAUACUGUAGGCCUGGCAUGUCUUGUCUACUAGCUUCAAUAUGAAUCCGAUUAAAUGUGAUAGAGUGAAGGCCCCAGUGCAGCAGCAACAGCACAUGAUGGAGACGAUGAUGAGGAGGAGACCAUCUCUCUGGAUUCCAGAAGGCAUGAGGACCCAGAUGCUAUACAGUGGGAAAACCAGCCUGGCAACAUAGUGCGUAUUAAUAAAAGGACACCACAUCCUGCCAAAUUCCAGCUGCGCUAAUUGUAUUGUGUUCACAGAGCUCACAAGCUAUCAGAAAGUUGUAUGGCAACCACCUCCGGCGCCAAAUAGAACUGGCAGACAUAGACAUUCAGUACAAGAAGAAAAAGAUGGAAAAUCUUGCACUGGAGUCCGAAAUAAAAAAGAGGACAAUUAGGAAACUGGACCUUGAAAUAAAAAAAACUUGAGAGGGAGCUCCAAGAAGAUGACACAGCUCAAAAUAAAAAUUAGGUAUAUUCUCGUAAAGUCAAGUGAGCCAUGACAUAUGAGCUCUUAUUGUGAGCACACAGGACGGUGGCAUCUUUCUAAGGUUUUUUUUAUUUUCCCAGCAAUCAGUACAACCAAGUCAUCGUUAUAAGGCAUCGCCCUCUUUUGCCCACCCCCCCAGCACCAGGUGUGGCCACUAGCCUAUAUGAAAGCCCAAAAUUGUGUGUUCCUUUCUGCUCUGACAAUGGCAUGCCCAUUCGUGCGAGAUGUGGUGGAUGAAGAAGCACUUGUGCUGAGGAGAGCCUUCAGGCGAGAAAGGGUCUUCAGGGACCGGUUGGACCCACUGGCCUUCCCUGAUGACCAUCUAUAUGAAAGAUACAGGUUUUCUGCAGAUGGCAUCAGGUAUCUAUGCAGACUACUGGGUCCCAGGAUUAAGCACCGCACUGCACGGAGCCAUGCACUGAGUGUGGAGCAAAUGGUUUGUGUGGCCUUGCGCUUUUUUGCUAGUGGAGCCUUCCUGUACUCAGUGGGGGAUGCAGAACAGCUGAACAAGGCCACAAUUUGCCGCACAAUAAGGAGUGUGCGUCUGGCUAUCAAAGCAUUAGCAGAUGUCUUCAUCUCCUUCCCUGGCCACAGAAGACUCUGUGACAUCAAAGAGGAGUUCUAUAGGAUUGCAGAUGGUCUGCAAUGCUGACUGUGUGAUCAGCAAUGUUGUGGCAAAAUGGCCUGGCUCAGUCCAUGACUCCAGAAUCUUUCGGGCCUCUGAAAUCUAUCAGUGCCUAUCACAAGGUGAAUUCUCUGGUGUGUUGCUGGGAGACAGGGGGUAUGGCUGCCAGCCUUUUCUCCUGACACCUUUCACAGACCCCCAGGAAGCACAGCAGGCCUACAACCAUGCCCAUGCCAGGACCAGGGCCAGAGUUGAAAUGACCUUUGGCCUCCUGAAGGCACGCUUUCACUGCCUUCACAAAUUAAGGGUCAGCCCUGUUAGGGCAUGUGAUAUUACUGUGGCUUGUGCUGUCCUCCACAAUGUGGCCUGCCUGAGGAAGGAGAGGGCCCCCAGAGUGCCACCAGCCAUGGACUGGGACAAUCCGGCAAUCUUCCCUGAUGACGACAGUGGUCGGCUGCUGAGGGACCAAUAUGUGUUGAAUUAUUUUAGUUAGUAUGUGUGCUUUCAAUUUUGGUUAAAUAUGUCCUGCGGUGGCAGAGGAAUUUGGGUUUUUUGGGUUCGUUUUUUGACGAAUUUGGCCUCUUAUGAUGUUUGUGCGGUAUACUGUGUGUAAUACAAGGCUGCAGGGAGGCUACUGCAUCCAUUCAUUUGUCUGUUCAGUUGAUGUGUAUGGAUUUGUCCUGCAUUUAUUUUAGUGUGCAGACAUGCAGGGUGUGUUAUAUACAGACCUUUGAAUGUGUAUGUAUCAUUUUGUAUAAUAUGCUUGGAUUCUGUGCUUUCCAUCUUGUAGAGUCACUGUGACUUCAGUUUCGAAAGGAGCUGAUGGUUUACCUGCUUUGUUUUGUCCUUAUUCAAUAAAGGAACAUAAUGUUACAC